AUGCCGUCUCAUCUACCCGAAGAAAUCUUUCUCGCAAUCAUCAAAAGCCUCACACAUCCCGAACCGACCUACAUGCGCCCCAGCGGUCGAGACUAUGCCACUUUGUCCAACCUUUGCCGCGUAUCUAGAGGUUUCCAGAAAGUUGCGGAGCCCUUUCUUUACCAUACGGUUUGGCUUUCGGAUUGUAGCUUCAACCGUUUCCUUGAGACCAUCAAAAGCAAACGCUACCUAGGAAGAUACGUCAGGCAUCUCACCAUCCCCCGUGGGCUCGAUCACUCGUGGGCCGAGAAAGACCUUGAAGAGCAGUUAUUCCAGUUGCAACGCUCUGCCGAGCAUGGGCAUUUCAAGGCCGCCAUUGAUCGUUAUAGAAGUGGUUCUGGAGAGCUCUUGCGUUUCCGAGGAGCUCCUCAUAUGCUACUCCUGGCCUGGCUGCUUCCAGAGGUGGAGAUCAUGCAUUGCCUGUCAGACGAUGGGCAGAUGGAAUUGAUCGGCGAGGUGGAACAACCGGGACCCUUUCCCCGUCUACGAGAGGUCCAUGCCAACCAAUGGGAACAUCUUGAGGAUCGCCAAAGCUUUCGGCUCUCUCGAUGGGAGCCCUUGCUUUUGCAGGGAGUGGAGGCCUUUAGCGGAAGGGGAAUCGAGUGGAAUGAAACGGAACAACCCCUAGCGCUGAGGUCGGUCUGCCUGUUUAACUCGCUAUAUAAGGCAGCGGACUUGACAAACCUGCUCAGGUGCUGUCCCGAUCUAAAGGCAUUAAGCCUAAGAUGGGGCAAGGCCUUCGACAGCAUGUUCAAUUACGGUGGCGGCGUUCCCGAGUGCAAUGGAAUCGGCGAGGCUCUGCGUCAACAUGGAAAGAACCUCCGUAAAUUGGAGCUGGACUGCCGCCCAGAAUUCGAAAAGACGGAUGACUACCAUGACCCUGAUGACGUCGUAAGACUGGGACGUAUCGGGUCACUGCGAGAAUUGACACGGCUCGAGACGCUCGAGAUUCCCCUCGAUAUGCUGCUGGGGAGUGAUGGCGGGCAUGGAUCGAACCCAAACGAAGGGAACAUUGAGGAUCAGUCAAUGACAUCAAUCCUGCACCUCAGCAAUGUUCUACCGAGCUCAGUGGAGGUGCUGGGGCUGCUGGAAGAUUCGUCGAGGAGCGAGGAACGUUUAAACCUUCAGGUACAAGGCUUACGGGCAACUGGGAGCAUGGUAAAGCUGCGUUCGGUUACGGUCCUCCGGAGCGAGGUAAUCCCUCUCGACCGACAUGAACUGCUGGCUGAUGUUCUUGGGAUCGAACAUAAGGUUAAGGAAUCGAAGAGAACAAUCAAAAUAUCGGACCAGGCGGAGAUUGAAAUAAUAUGGCUCUCCGAGAAUACUAUGUACUUUGGCAGCUCCCAUCUUUGA